GCUCGAGUGUUCCCGUCGUAGUUGCAAGCAAUGGUUCCCGAAUGGCCUGCUGCACGACGACACUCUGAACCAGGGAGGGGUAUUGGCCGCCCUUCCUUGCGUCCGAGGGCCUCCUUGCCCGAUGGCAGGCAAUAUAUAAAACUUCGGUCAGGCAUCUCAUCGGUGUUGGUAAGCAGCGAGUGCUUGGAACCAUCAAAUGCAGUGGUUGAAGCUAACGUUCAGGAAUGGCCAGCGACAGCCGCUUUGAUCAUUGCCGAAGUUAUUGGAAGUGGAGUCCUCGCUUUGGGAGGCCAAACAGCAGUUGUUGGCCUUGUCGUUGGUUUGUUGGCGCUUCUGCUGUUCUACCCAGCCAAUGUUUUCACAGCCCUUCUUUUGGGCAAAGUGCGGCAAAAGUUGCCAGCAGCCUUGACCUUUGGGGAUGCAUUAACGAUGGUGCUGGGUCCGAAAGCUGGCCGAUAUGGAUACAUGGUUUUGUACUUCUACCUGUUCAUGUGUAUGGCGAAUUACUUGAUUGUGUUGGGGCAUUCUGUUCAAGCAUCAAUCUAUUGGACAUCGACGUGCCAGCCCUGGGCAUGUUUCAUCGGCACAAUUCUGUUGUUGCCUCUGAACCAAUUCCGCACCCUUAGUGGAUUGACGCUGCUGAGCAUGGUGUCCUUUGCAACUAUUGUGACAACUCUGGCUUUGUGUCUAUGGACCUUGCUCACGAAUGCAAGUUGCCAACCUCAACAGCGUGAACCGGGUUUCCUCGACUACAACUCCUGCAUCUCCGGCUUUGUAUUUGCCUUUGCAGGCCAGCAUAUUAUGCUUGAAAUGCAGGCUGAGAUGAAGAACCCGGAGCAUUUCCCCAAUGCUGUUUUCUUAUCAUAUUCAGUAUUGUUUCUUGUUUACACUCUGGUGGCAGUUCUCUCCUAUUUGGCGUGUGGCAAGGAUACACCUGGAGAUCUUCUUUUAGUCUUGCCAACAGGUUGGUGGAAGUCUCUUGCAGGUGCGCUUAUGGUUCUACACUUGAUGGUCACCUACACCAUAUCACAGCAAGUCUUGAACAGAGCUAUUUGUGUGUACCUACUUCCUGGGGCGCUUCAGGAUGGUUUAGUGGCGCGAUUCAAGUGGUUCCUGGUUACAAGUGCUGUGAUGGCUGCCUGCUACACUUUGGCCAAUGCCAUUCCGCUCUUCCAGGAUGUUGUGAACCUAUCGGGAGCUCUCCUCUCAACGCAAUGCGUGUUCAUUUUGUGCGGGCCCUAGCUCAUGUGAAUUCACAUUCAACACGUGACGCAAGGCGGGCCAGCUUUGGAAAGAUGUGGGAGGCUACUAUAAUACAUAUAAGGUAAUCACAACAGGCAAGCUCUCUUGCGACCAACGGUUUUCCCUACUGGUUUACGGGCACUGCCUCGUUGGGCUCAACUCGGGUGCCAAACUGAACCAGAGAUCACAUGUGUCUGGAGGCUGCAAAGGCCACCAAUAAUGUGUCAAGAUGGCUGAUGGAGGUGGAAAGUUCCUGUUGUGGAGGAGGAUUUGCAAUAAGGUCUCUAUGCCGUUUCUUGGAACAUGUUUUGGGAGGUAUGCGGGUAGUGGGUACUGCGGAUGUGCUUACACAGGCGCCACAGACUUGGACCUGUUCUUUCUGGGAGCAGCUCGAUUUUCUCAAAGUGACAUGGCUAGAGCACCAAACUUUGUGAUAGUGACUUUCUGUCUUCCUGCCUUACUGCCUCCCUCCCUCCCUCUCUCUCCAUCCCAGAUUAUGAUUGGAACCAAGUCUGUAGAGUCUAUAGACAGACGAUCAAUAGCUUGGCAAAGGUUGGUCUCUGUUGUUGCUACUCCUUUUGUUUCUCCGUGCCUUGGAUCAUGGAACUUGAUUCUGCAGGCCGGGAGUGCUGUUCCUGGCGCUCUGCUCUUUUGAGUUGGUUCAACGUGAAGGGCAAGUGGCUGUUUGGAUUGGCUCGUGGUCUGCCAUUUUAGUGGGAGUCUAUUUGAUCAUCAUGGGCACACUGAGCAGUAUCGUGGUCAUUUCUGCCAAACUGUCUUCUGGGAGCAGCCGGCCCUUCUCAUGCUAGGACCCAAAGAAGGUCCAGGUCAAGAGCAGAGGCCUAAUCCAAACUGGCAAGAUGCAACCGCGGUUUCACACGAUUGCCACACACUGUCAUGAAGUGAGGUUUCCUCGGCAGAGGAAGCAUCAUCGCCCUAUGGAA